AUGGCCAGUUCUCCGGUUUUUUUGGGCCAGUUCUCCGGUUCUCUGGGCCCUUUUGGUCUGCUGGAUCUUCGCGUCUGCAGUUACCACGGGCGCCCUUUAAGGCUGCGUGCCUGUCAAGACGGCCAGGAAAGCAUGGAGUGGGUUUGGGAAGGUGAACGCAUCAAACAUGCCCACAGCCCUUACUUCUUCGACCUGGCGGGCCACAACGUUACCAACUUGGGUGAUAAUCGCUACUCGCCAGACGACUAUGGCUGGCUUGGAUUCCCAGCAGUUCAGCUUGGAGCCCAAGACCCUUCAGCUUCAAGCGACCAAGAUUUCUUCAGGGAGAUCUUGGCGAGCCUGGAGAACCUCACCCAGUCCUUCGAACCUCUUCCGGCAACGGAGGUCCUGCCCGGUCUUCCACGUGAGCAAGAGAAUCUAUGCCCAGAUGGAUCCUUCGGUGAGCGAAAUGUGUGUCCAAUCGUGCGCCGUCGAUCUCGCACCGAUUUUUUGUGCCGAGGUGGCACCCUAACUUUGAAAUGUGUUUGGUUCCCGGGGUACUUCCUUGUCGUAGUGGGACCUACUCCAGAUGUCGCCGACUUGGGCAAGCUGGAUUACACCUGCUGCCGAGGGGAAAGCAACUCCGACGAGUGCGGAGACAACGUGAUUUGGUUUCCACUUGCUGUCGCUUUGAUUGUCCUCGGCGUUCUGGGUGUGCUGACAAGGAGCUUGAUGAUCCACUGCUACAACCCAAGCAUUGCCCACGCCACAGAAGCGGAUCUUCAGGUUCUUUGUCCGCAACAUGUGCAUGACGGCGCGGCCCUCCACAGAAGAGUGGAGCCAGCAAAGCGGGGGGUGAGCUUGGAGGACUUGCGCCAGUUCAAGCGGUUAGUGCAUCAUGCUGUGAAGUCAGGGAGCAUCAGGGCCACGGAUCGAGACCAGUUCGCUAUGUCAGAUGUAGCGAUGGGGUUGCGAAUUCUUGGCCACGAGGAGCCACAGGGGCUUACGUUUGCUUCCUGUCCAAUCCUCAAAAUCUGGUGCGUUGACGAGGCCGUUUUGGCGGCUUCUUGGGACAAGCCAAUUCGGCUUGCGAAGCGGCCUUUGCCGAAUCAAUGGCCUGGGGUACUUCGCGUGUUAAGCACUGGCGCCGCCGCAUUCGGAGCGGGCAUGUUGUACCCCCUAGCAGCCAUCACAUGGUACGGCAUAAGCCCAGACAGCUUCUCCUUGCACUGGGACUUGGAGUGGGCAUUCGCCUACGUGGGCGGGACAUUCGGUGCCUUUGUCGCGCUGACCUUCAAGUGUUGCUUCAGGAGGGCGACUGCGACAAUCCAAGUAGCAAUUCAUUGUAUGACCGUCUUCCUGGCACUUUCUGUGGCUGUCUUGGCCUCGUGGCACGGGCUUUGCGACAGGCAGAUCAGCUUGCUAAGGAUUUCAAAGGGGCCGUCAGGCAUGCCACGAGCUCUGAUACCGACGAUUUGCGAAGAAUUCUUCGCGAGAUCGUUGAUGGCAGCCAACGUUUCUACAGCGCAGCUCCGCUCGGUGGUGAACGUCACCGGUCACCUCAAAGACUUGUCACGGUUGGAGCAGAUUUCCUAG